AGAGAAACUUCAGUUAAAUGGUUUUGUAGAAUAUAAAAAGACAACUUAUGAGUGCUUCUCAACUAAAAAUUAAAAUUCAGUCAUCUAUAUAUAUAUAUACCUUGUUAGCAUUUAUACAUUGUUCCACAAGUCUUCCUUAUCAUAUGUAAAUAGGUAGCCAUGUCUACAGACAUUGCCUCUGCUACUCAGCUGUCAGAGGAUGACAGUGAUGAUGAGAAGAACUUGAAUCUCCGCAAUCCUCCUGUGAUGCAGGGUGUGCUAUCAAAGUGGACUAACUACAUUCAUGGGUGGCAAGACCGAUAUUUUGUUCUGCGGGAUGGCACACUCAGCUACUACCGCAGCCAGGGUGAUGCUUCUUUUGGCUGCCGUGGUUCCAUCAGUGUUUCUAGAGCUAUAGUCAAGGCUCAUGAAAUUGAUGAGUGCAGAUUUGAUGUGUGCCUGAAUGACAGUGUCUGGUAUCUUCGCACUGAGAGAUGUGAUGUCAAGCAUCAAUGGGUUGAUGCAUUCGAGUUACACAAGGAGAACGAAAGCCUCAACCGUCACGGCAGUACAGUGUCUCUUUCGUCCAACUCGGUCACAGCAGCAGCAGCCAAAAGUUCCAAAGGUGGGCAAGGUAGUCCACUUAAAGCUUCAGCAUCUCAUCCUCCCAGGCUCUCUAAGGAGGGUGAUGGUAAUGCCUCCCUUCCAUCAAGUGCCGCUCUCAAGAUGCACGGGCUGCGCGACAAACUUGCCGAGCUGGAGACGUACAGAGAUAUCCUCAUCAAACAAAUGGAUGCUCUGCAGUCCUUCUUUGAUGCCUGCUCUGACCUGUCGAAGAAUAAAAGCCUGCUUUGCAACGGCAGCCAUGACAGUGGCGACGUUGUCACUGCAGAAGGGGAGCUGCCGGUCGCCCCUGAAGUCACGCUCACCACAGACAUGCUCGACAAGUACGGGGCCUCUGUGCUCGACUUCAAGGGCGAGGCUCUCACCUUCAAGGCGACGACAGCAGGCAUCCAGCAGACGCUGGCGCAGUGCGUGGAGAUCCUGAGCCAGCGGGAGGAGGCCUACAAGAGGCGCCUAGAGAAGGAGGUGGAGAGACGCAAGUGUGCGGAGGAGCGAGUGCAGCAAUACAAGGCACAGGUGGAGGAGUGUGGAGUGUCUGGUGGAGGGGUGGGUGCGGCAGCCGUGGGUAUCGGCAGCAUGCCUAGAGUGACCGUCCCUGCUGACGCCAGAGGCAUGAUGCUCGGCGGUCCUGACUACGAGGAAGGCCCCCACUCCGUGAUGGGGGAGGAUGAGUUCUAUGACGCGGUCGAGUCCACGCUCGACAAGAUGGACGAGGAGGACGAGCUCAGGGACCGCCUGAGGCAGCGACGCAACGCUGCGUCGUCCGUCGUACCGUCCGUGCAGCACCCGCUGUGGCCUGACAUCAACCGUAUGGCGGAGGAACAUCUAAGCUUGUCUCUCGAGAAGAUCUCCGUGGACCCAAACGAGCCCGGUUCGUGGAUGCUCUUCCACGAGGACGGCGAAAUGAAACUCUUCAGGAAGGAGGUGGAGGAGGACGGCCUCAUCCUGGACCCCUGCAAGGGCAUACAUAAAGUCUGUGGGGCCACGGCACACGAGAUGACACACUACUUCUGGUCUCCUGAACUGCGCUUUGACUGGGAUGUGACUGUGGAGCAGCUCACCAUCCUGGACAGCAUUGACGACAACACUAUAGUGAUACAUCAGAUCCACAAGCGCGUGUGGCCCAUAGCUCAGCGGGACUGUCUUGUGUGGUCUCACGUGCGACGUCUCGACCGCGACCAUCCUGAGCUCAAGAAACUCAGCGACCCGCCCUACGAUGCCUGGCUCGUCAGCAACAAGUCCACGUCCCACCCUGACGCCAUACUGGACCCCAACAGAGUUCGCGUAGACGCGCGGACUUGUUUCCUUUGUUUGACUUACAUCGAGCCUCCCCUGGCAGAAGGAGAGACUAUAGAGACGAUCUCUAGAGACCGCCUCAUCGUUAAGGUCACUUACACAUCGGCUGUUAACCCUGGAGGGUGGGCGCCGGCUUCAGUGCUACGCGCCGUGUUCAAGCGAGAGUAUCCCAAGUUCCUGAAGCGCUUUACGCAGUUCGUCGUCGACAAGUGCAAAGAUCAGCCCAUUGCCUUCGACGGGCUCAAAGUCGUUAACAAAAGUAACAUUUUACGAGGCUAAACUUCCCCUCAAAUAAUUGUCACAAACUCUAGAACUGUUAUGGAUGAAGAUGAAGUUGCCAUGUAGCAUCUGCCAUUGAAAUGAAUAUGUACUGUGUCAUUGUAAACGUUUAUCUGGAAUUUCCAUUAUGAGUUUUCGAAUUGUAUGGCAAAUGUUUUCAGUAACGAUACAUCUAUCGUGCGUGAUCAGUAGUAUUCACAUGAGCGUUUGCGUAAAAUUUUUUAGCAGGAAUUGGCGCUGAUGGAUUGUGAUUAGUAGCAAAUGAGAAAGUGAGCCUAAAGUGCUGGCUGAAUCUUAUCAAUGGUAAUAAUUUUAUUUUGUCAAUUUCAAAGAAAUAUUCAAGAGACUAGUGGAUAUUACAUUUUGAGCCGUGCACUUUCUGAUGCUAAUCAAGUGAAGUGAUGAAUGCUGCUUAAUAAAAUUCACGUAGGUUGCGGGAUAGAGACUUUGAAUCGCAACGCUAAAGUGUAGAGCUAGAAAAAAUUAUGGCUACUCAAAAAAAUACAGAAAUAGGGCCUGCAAUUUCAAUCAAUUGUAGAUUAGGUGUCUAAUUUUUCUUCAGGUCACAGACUUGUGGUCAGGACAGAAACGCGUCAUCACUUGUCUAGCGCAACCAGCAGAUGUUAUGGUGUCAAUUUCGAGCUUGCGUGUAGUAGAAGAUAUCUUUUCAUUCAAAUGCUCCGUCCAUCUCUGUCACGUAGUCGUUCAUCGCCUUGUUAAUUUCUUGUGUUCGAUUGUUUAUUGUGGAAGCUCGUCUUUAGGCAUUUUAUGAACUAUAAAAGAUAUAUUUUACUAAAGAGAUUUAAGUUUUCAUAUGUACGGUAUCGUUCUAAUUACCUCUAGAUAACUAAACCAUGAUUCUAGGUCUCUAGUGCGAGUGACUAUCAUGCUAAGGGCUGAAAAUGAUUGCUCGUGUCUAAUGUGUCUCUCCUAUAAUUUCUUCUGUAUUAUUUGCUCUCGAAGUGCUCAGUAUAUCUUUCCAUGCUGUUAUGCUUCACUCGCCAGAUAAAUGGCAUGCUUCAGAAUGCGGCAAAUAUUUCCUUCAGUUUCAGGUUUAGCAGCACUGACACUUCUUUCCUCGAGUUUUUAAAUAAAAUACUCACGGCUCUGCAGAACUGAGAUGUCUGGAUAGUUGGUAUGAUUCUUUCCCCUCAUACCUUGUAUGUUAUGCUGCCAUUAUAAAUUUCUUAGGCCAAUGCGAGCCGCUGAUUUUUCUGGUUUGAACUUCGUGAAUAAUUGAUGAUUAUUUUUUCAGUUUUCGCAGGUGAAGAGCGUUGCGUAUUCUGUUCAUGGGUGUUUUAGGCUUUGUGUAGUGACUCGUCGAAUAGACAUGUAAGCUGCCUAGUGCCUCUGGUGUAUGUAGUCGUAAGAUGUGCCAUGUUGGGUUCGCAGUUGUUAGAGACUUGGUCAUCUCUAGAGCCUUGGUUAGUUAGAGACUUGGUCAUCUCCACGUAGUACCUAUUUUACGUGAAUUCUUAUGGAGUAUCCUAUUGAUUGUAUGCCCGAAUACCUGAAAUGUAAAUUGUCGUCUGAGUGACUGCUUUCAUUUUUAGAGUUAUGCAUAUGAAACAACAAAUACAAUGGAUCAUCUAAACUAAUCGGAGAUUAAAAACUACGAGAGGAUCCAACGAAUUUUCCCUCAUAAACUUGAGAAACUUCAUCUCCCUACAGAUGAGUAAAUUUAUAGCAACAUUGAAUGAUAUCUUCAGAUGAAUGUUCAAUUUGAUGUAUGUUUCGUAUUGUGUGAGCUACUCUUUCUGUGUUGUUUUGAUGACUUUUGUGCCUUUUUAUCGGUCCAAUGUAAUGCAUGUAUUGUCUUGCAUCUGUGAUGGAUUUGUCUGGUAUAGCCUUCAAAAUAAAUGUACUGAAUUGUUUCUGUAUUCACGCAAGAAUAGCAUUACGAAUAUAUGAACAAACUUUUUUUUGGUUUGGUGGUAAGCAGUUAAGACUGCCACUGCCAGUAUGUCAGGUUCCUAAUCACUUAGGUUUCAAGAUCUGCCGCAACAAAAAGACUAAUAUUCAACUUAAGUGAUGUGUAUUUAUCACAUUACUCAUGUAAUGUGAUGUUACUGUGAUGAGCUCCUGCCGUGACGUCUAAUGAACCUUGCACCUACUGAAUGAGUACUCACAAUGCUCGCGUUAAGGCAACGUUGGGCGAAUUAUGGCGACUUGCACAACUCGCUUGCGUAGACAUACUCGCCCAUUCUGUCUUUGAUUGCUUCACAAAGUUAUCGGAUAUGCUCAUGAAAAUUUAAUGGAGAGCGUGUAUUCUGUAAAUUCUCUUUAAUAGAUAGUUUCUCUGUGUCAUUUUCGCGUGGAUUAUCUUCGUCAUUAUUUCAGACAAUUUUGUUGAAGGGCGAUUUAUAGGCUUUAGCUAAAGUAUGCCAUCUUUUUUUUUUUAUUCUGAAGGCUGUAUUCCGAAUUGUUGGCCGUGGAGUGGAUACCUCAGAGGGGUGGAUGUCUCUUCCAUCAGCCCCACGGAAUUUAGCUAUCUUUUUUUUAGUCUUUUUUCUUCAUUUUACUUGUUCAAUUAAUUACGAUACUGAAAUUCUUAUAUUAAUGAAGUUACAAUGUUUUGCUUACAGUAGAAAUAUUCUUGUCACGAGCUCAAUCAAUUUCAAGGCGUGAAUAUAUGAUAAUCUGUUCAUUGCAAAAGAUUGAUUCCCGUUUAAUGAAACAUCUUCAUUGCGUCAAUGAUGCAUAGAAAUUAGAAGCUGUUUACGCCGCUAACUUUAUCAAACUGCUAGAGCUGAGCACAGAAUCUUGUGUACAUAAGAGAAAAAUUAUUGUGCCUAACAAUUGCAGUGCAUGUGUACAAUUAUCUGCUGUCACCUGCAAAUGGAAAUUUUCUAAGCUUGCGUAUAAUAUGGCUCGCGUUUUUUUUACUGUUUUUGUUCAUGUUGAGCUGUCAUAUUUCUUUCGUGACGAUUCAAAUGUUUUGGUACUUACGGAGUUACAUGAUGGGUUUGGUCUGGUAUACAUAAUAUGGUUUCAGUAACAUAACUUUUACAUGAACAACUUGAGGAUCACAUUUAUUUUCCCUACUUGUUUCAUAUUUGCAUUGCUGCAUUCACUUCGCGCCUACAAAAACUCUGCACUUAUUUUUCGUUUUGUGUUUUUCAAGGCUGUUUACUUUUUUGUCUUGUUUAGUUUAAAAGAAACGUGUGAGGUACAGUUGACUAUCAUCUUUUUACAGAUACUUAGCGUCAUUCUGUACUCUUUAUUUACUUCAAUGUUCGUUUUAAUUUUUUUACUACAUAACCCUGUGUGUAGAAAUUUAUUGUUGCAUGUUUUGUUUUUAAUGUCCUGUUUGCUGCUUGCUCCUGCAAUGCAUCGUCGACUUGAAUACAUUCAAGCUGUAAUGUUAUAACGCAAUAUUCUUUGCAACUCAUAAAAGACAGCUUCUUUCAUUGCUUUUGUUGGGUCAAUUUCGCUGCUCAUUAGUCUGUUAAGUUUUAUACACAUUUAUGUUGACUGACAUAUUUUUUGUAUACAUUUAUAUACCCAUUACACAUGAGACUUUCCUUUAAACACUUGCCAAAUCAGUAAUUGUAAGGAUCUUGUGAGAAUUCUUCAGCCAUAUUCAAAUUUCGCUUCUGGAUAAGUUUUGCGACAUUCAACGAAGAAGAGGGUCUUAUAUUCCAUGUGUUGAUUUUUAAGUGUUAAGUAGUGAAACGGAAACGACGGUAGUGUGCAGAAUUUAUGCUAGCGCUUAUUUGUGAAAUCAAAAAGGAAUAUUAUCUUCCAUGAUAUUUUUUUGGUCUCGCUAUUCUCUCGUUGAAAUUGCUCAACUUCAUUUUCUUAUUCGAUUCUUAAUGUUUUAAGGCACAAAUUCUCUUGUUGGAGCAUCACAUGAGCGUAAUAAAUAUUUUGGAAUGGAUCAUUUCAUAUGGACUAGUAUUAUACGUACAUAAAGCUGAGAAUGGCUUACUCAAAUCUUAUAUGUGCUUAUGAUAUGGUUUCUUCUCUCUAAUCGUCCAAACACCGCAGUUGGUAGCGUACUUUUAAGCUGAUAAAUUUGUAUCAAGAUAUCAAAAUCAAAUUUCAAUGGCAGAAAUGCCUGUGGGUGUAUUUUGAGUUAACAGCCGAGACUAAAGGCCACACAUUGUUAGUGUAUCUUUGCUAUACUUUCAUUUUGGGUCGGAGCCUAUCAUUACUCUCGUGUUAUUUGUUAUACAUAUUCGUAUUUUAUACUGCGCAACGUUUUGAUUAAUGAAAUCUAUAAAAAUUGUUUUAUUUGA